UUUCUUUAUUUAUUGCCUUUCUCGUCCCCCACUUAUCUUCUCCACCCAAAACCCAAAAACCCAACUCCCUCUCUCUCUUUGUCUCUCUCACUAUCACUCUUACCCUCAUACAUAAAACCUUCACCAUGCAGACUCCGUCUUUCGCCUGCAUAUCCUCCAGUGAGAGUGCCUGUUUAGAAGCUGAUGAAGAAGAUGAGGAUUCCAUACUUCUUUCACUUUGCCCUCCUGGACAGAGCACCUCCAAACGUGCCAUCUAUCAUCCAUCCUCAAGCAAGCCACAGAAUUAUCAAAACACUAAUAGGGAAGAUGGUGUAACGGUAGCUCUUCACAUCGGUCCUCCAAAUGCCUGUGCCAGCACAAGCAACCCUAAUAACAUUAAUGGUGGUGAUCCCGUUGAAGGACAGUACUGGAUUCCCUCGCCGGCACAAAUCCUUGUAGGCCCAACACAGUUCUCUUGCACUGUCUGCAACAAAACAUUCAAUCGAUACAACAACAUGCAGAUGCAUAUGUGGGGUCAUGGAUCACAAUACAGAAAGGGCCCGGAGUCGUUAAGAGGGACAAAGCCAGCUUCAUCCAUUCUUAGGUUGCCAUGUUACUGUUGCGCUCAGGGCUGUAAGAACAAUAUAGAGCACCCAAGAUCAAAACCACUGAAGGAUUUCAGAACUCUGCAGACACAUUACAAGCGGAAGCAUGGAGCGAAGCCUUUUUCUUGCCGGAAAUGCGGGAAAGCUUUUGCAGUGAGGGGGGAUUGGAGGACUCAUGAGAAGAACUGUGGGAAGCUUUGGUUUUGUAUCUGUGGGUCAGAUUUUAAGCACAAGAGGUCUCUUAAGGACCAUGUUCGCGCCUUUGGAGAUGGACAUGCUCCGCACAGUGUGGAGAUGUAUGGUGUUGAGGAAGAAGAUGAUAACGAUGAUGACCAUGGAAAUGGAGGCCAUGGUUCCGUACUAUGUUAAUAGACAUGAAGUAUUAGUCUUGUUAGUAAUUAAGAUUGAUUGCUUACUAUGUGGGUGUAUGGAGAGAGGGGGG